AGCACUGUUUGCGUCCACACGUUUCCGAACAAAUGAGGGCGACCUUCACGAUUAACGGACAGAUUUACCAUGUGUCCCCAGAAACUGUACCAGCUGAUACUUCUCUCAACACCUUCAUCCGGAAGCAUGCUCAUCUUAGCGGAACAAAGUUCAUGUGCCUCGAGGGAGGAUGUGGAGCCUGCAUUGUCAUGAUCCGCAGACUUCAUCCCGUGACUGGGGAAGUGAUUUCCGGUGCUGUGAAUUCCUGUCUGUAUUCGGUAUUUUCCUGCCACGGGGCAGACAUCGUUACCGUCGAGGGCAUUGGAUCCAAAACCGAUGGCUACCACCCGGUUCAGCGUCGAUUGGCAUCACUCAAUGGAACGCAAUGCGUUUGUACUCCGGGAUUCGUCAUGACCAUGUACAGCAUGCUUGAAUCGAAGAAAGGGUCCGAGCUUUCCAUGUUGGACAUUGAAAAUUCACUCGAUAGCAACAUUUGCCGAUGUACUGGGUAUCGUCCGAUUUUGGAUGCGUUUAAAUCUUUCGCAGUCGAUGUUAAUCAAAAGCUGAAAAGUGCUUGCCCAGACAUUGAAGAUUGGAGCGCCAGUUGUAAAAAGGAAGACAACUGCCAGCAAUUAUGUACUGCGAGGAAAGCCAAACUCGGAAAAUAUUUGAAUCUGAAAUUUUCAGAUAAUCGACAGUUUUAUAUUGUUCAUACGAUAGAUGAAGCGCUAGGAAUUUUAGCAAAGAUCGGAAAUAAACCGUACAUGUUUGUGGCUGGCAACACUGGCCACGGAGUUUACAGGAGAAGUAACGACCUUCAAGUUUUCAUUGACAUCAAUUCAGUACCAGAACUUCAUUCAGUUGACAUCGGAGAAUCGUUGACUGUUGGGGCGAAUUUGUCCUUAACGGAAUUUUUAACGGUUCUGCGAUCAGCUGCUCAACAAAAUGAUAAAUUUGAAUACUGUUUACAAAUGAUCAAACACGUAGAGAAAAUUGCUCACGUGGCAGUCCGAAAUGUUGGAUCUUUGGCGGGAAAUCUUUCAUUGAAGCAAAUGCACAAUGAAUUUCCUUCAGAUUUGUACUUACUUUUGGAAACUGUCGGUGCUCAGCUUAAGAUAGUGGACGUAAACAAAUCUGAGGAAAUACUGAGUCCGGAACAGUUUGUCAAAAGUGAUAUGCAAGGGAAAAUUAUGACUCAAAUCAUGUUACCAGCGCUGGAUCCAAGGUUUUACAUUUUCCGAUCGUUUAAAGAACAGCCACGUGCUCAAAAUGCCAAGGCCUAUGUCAAUGCUGCUUUUUUGCUGAAGAUGAAUGCAAAAAAAAGCGAAGUUGAGCAUGUUUCAAUUUGCUACGGAGGAAUUAAUCCAAAUUUUACACAUGCAACCCGAACGGAGCAUGUAAUUGUUGCCAAAAAUCUUUUUACAGAAGAAAUUCUUCAGUACGCUCUUGAAACAUUGGAAGCAGAACUGGCACCCGAUUGGAUACUACCGGAGCCGAAUCCGGCUUUCAGAAAACAAGUGGCUGUCGCUCUGUUUUAUCGAUUUGUUCUGAACGUCGCUGAACAGGUGAAAGUUGAAGUUGGGCUUAGAUAUCGCACGGGAUCGGCUCCACUAGAACGUCCCCUUUCGUCGGGAGCACAAUCAUUCGAUACGUACCCUAGAAAGUGGCCGGUGAGUCGUAACAUACCGAAGAUUGAAGCAUUGGUCCAAUGUUCCGGGGAAGCUAAGUAUAUUGAAGAUAUGCCGAAGUUACAUAAUGAACUGUAUGGUGCUUUUGUGUUGGCAACAAAAGCCAAGAGAAGGUUAGUUGAAAUCGAUGCCUCGGAAGCUUUGGCAUUGGAAGGAGUAGAAGCGUUCUUUACAGCUAAGAACAUUCCAGGGGAGAACGAUUUCAUGCCCAUGAAGCAGUCUGUGAACCAUUAUUUUCCCUUGGCUACUCCAGGAUUUCCAGAGGAGGUUCUGUGCAGUGGAAACGUGCUCUAUUAUGGACAGCCUGUUGGGAUAAUUCUUGCAGUAAGUUUGGAUUUGGCCAAUCGGGCAGCCUCGUUGGUAAAAAUUGAGUACAGUCCGGGUGUGGGAGAGCCAAUUUUUACAUCGGUUGAAGAUGUGUUGAAGGCCGAUGCAACUGAUCGAAUUUUUGACUAUCCACCAAGGGGUCCUGGGCCCAAUUUUGAUCCUUCUUUAACAGGAGAUAUUAAGGUGAAGGGAAAUUUUUAUGCCGGUCCUCAAUAUCACUAUACCUUGGAAACACACGGCUGCGUCUGUGUGUCAAACGAAGAAGAUGGAUUGGAUGUCUAUAGCUCGACGCAAUGGCCUCAGCAAACUCACGUCACCAUUUCGAGAAUGCUCAACAUUCCUCAACAUAAGAUAAAUUAUCAACUUAGACGUAUUGGUGGAGCAUACGGAGGUAAAAUAACUCGUGCUGCGAUGACGUCGGGUGCAUGUGCUCUGGCAGCACACCUUUCUAAGCGCCCCGUUCGGCUUAUUCACACAAUUGAAUCUACUAUGUCUGCGAUUGGGAAACGUGCUCCCUGUUGGAAUGAGUAUGAAAUCGAUGUCAACAAAAACGGAAAAAUCGUCAAACUAACAAACACGUACAUCCAAGAUAUGGGAUGUUCACGGAACGAAGCACUGGAGUUAGUUUUCUGGCUAGCAUUUAAAAAUGUCUACGACGAAAGUUCUUGGAUUGUUCUUCCGAAGGCUUGUGUAACCGAUGUGGCAAGCACAACUUAUCUCAGGUCUCCUGGGAAAGCAGAAGGAACGUUUACGAUCGAGAAUAUAAUGGACCAUGUAGCUCAUGUGACUGGAAUCGAUCCCCUUGAAGUACGAGUGCUUAAUAUGACGCCGGAUAACAAAAUCCGUCAAAUGUUACCAACUUUUCUCAAAGACAUCUCUUACGUCGGUAGGAAAGCCAGUAUUGAUCAUUUCAAUGAAACAAACCGUUGGCGUAAGAGAGGAAUUUCAGUUGUUCCACUGGAAUUCCCCUGUCCAUACUUCGAGCGAAUGAGCUCUCUGGUUUCCAUUCACCAUUUGGACGGAACUGUCUCUAUAACACACAGUGGCAUUGAAAUGGGACAAGGUCUCAACACCAAAGUUGUGCAGGUAGCAGCUUACACUCUCGGCAUUCCGAUUGAAAAAAUCAUUAUCAAACCCAUUGAGAGUAUUUCAUCUCCGAAUGCAACCGUAACUUCGGCCAGCAUCUCUAGCGAAUGUGUGGCUGCCUCAGUAAUCGGCGCCUGUGAAAUCCUUAAGGAACGCAUGAAACCGGUACGCGAUCUUAACCCGUCCAUGUCCUGGGAAGCUCUGGCGCAUGCCUGUUUUGCGGCAAACAUCAGUCUAACGGCUCACUUCUUCACCAGGGCAGAUUCAUUCGAACGAUAUGUGGUUCACGCACUCUGCUGUACAGAGCUGGAGGUAGACGUACUCACUGGUACAGUUCGUGUUCCCCGGGUUGACAUACUUGAAGAUACGGGAGAAAGUCUCAGUCCAGGGAUCGACAUUGGGCAAGUCGAAGGCGCCUUCGUAAUGGGUAUAGGAUACUUUCUGACUGAGCAGCUGGUUUACGAUAACGCUUCUGGAGCUCUUACAAAUACCAGAACUUGGAAUUAUAAGCCACCAGGAGCGAAAGAUAUUCCAACGGAUUUUAGAGUUCACUUGUUGCAGAAUUCGACCAACCCGGUUGGAGUGUUAGGGUCGAAGGCCACUGGGGAACCGCCAUACGAUUUGUCUAUAUCGGUCGUCAGCGCCCUGAGAUAUGCAAUACGAGCAGCGAGGAAGGAUGCCGGACUGGAUGAUGUUUGGCUAAGUUUGGGUACCUCGAUGACUGCAGAGAAAAUAUUGCGCCUAGUAGGAAACACAAGGGAGCAGUACCGGCUAAACGAUUGAAUUUGAUAAUGAGUAUACGUGAAAAACCCUGAUGAGCAUAAAGUAGAAGUGACAUUAAAUUAAAAAAAAACCCGAGUACGUGCAGU